GUUUGAAAUGACAUCCAACAGCUCCACUCUUUUUCUCAAAAUCAAACAAGUGGAUUUAUCCGACUCUGGACUGUAUUUCUGUGGAUAUCGUUUAACCAGAGGUCUGGUUAUUGUCCAUGCAACAUAUUUACAGGUUGAAGAAUCUGGACUCUGAUGAGCUGAAGGGCGGAGCACUGAGUUUGUAUUCAACAACAAUCAGAAACAGGAGGCCUGAAUCAGAGAGAGAAGUGGGGACUCUUGUUGUUUAUGCUGCCAGCAGAUAAACUCAGGAAGCGUCUGGAGCUGCAGCUCAGAGCAAAGACCUGCUGUCCUCCAGCUGUCCACCAGAUGCUCUUGGACUUUUUCUCACUCCCACUUCCAACCACUCCUUCCUCCCCUGCAGUCAGCAGUCAGCGUCGCUCACUUAACACUUUGGACUCACGCCAUCUCUUUAGCGCCGCACUAAUAGCUGCUGGGGGUCAGAGAUCCACUCCACUGAUGUCGCUGUUUCUCAAACCUGUUCAGAGGACCUCUGAGACGAUGCGCCUGUAUGUGAUCCUCUGUGGAGUAUUUCAUGUGUCAGCAGUGAUCCAGUCGGCAGCAGUCAAACAGGACGCUGGGGUUGUAUCAGUCAGUGUCGGGGACAAUGUGACUUUACGUUGCUUCUACGACAGCCAAGUGGCGAUGCACUUCUCCUGGUACCGACAAACCUUAGGCGGCGGACCUGAGCUUCUGUCUAAUAUUUACAAGCAUGAUAAACCAUCCAAGGUCUUCCACUGGAUGCAGAAGAACCCCCGUUUCUCUGUGCAAAGGAAGGAGGGCGUGAAUCAUUUACACAUCUCUGACGUCCACUUCUCAGAUUCGGCGACAUACUUCUGUGGAAGCUCCCACUCCAACACGCUGGAAUUUGGCGAGGGGGUCUUUCUGAAUGUCAAAGGAGCCAAACUCAAAGAAAUAGUGCAGGGGCCAGUAUCCAAGACCAUCCAGCCAGGGGGCUCUGUGACCCUCGACUGCACAGUGCACACCGGGACCUGUGAUGGGGAACACAGUGUUUACUGGUUCAGACAUGAGUCUCGCCAAGGAAUCCUUCACGUGCAAGGGGAUCGGCGGAAACACGUCUCUGCGUCGGGGUCUCGCUCACAGAGCUGCGUCUACCAUUUGCAGAAGAUGAACCUGAGCUCCUCUGAUUCUGGCACCUAUUACUGCGCCGUGGCCUCCUGCGGGGAGAUACUUUUCGGGAAUGGAAGCAAAGUGCUUGUCAAAGGUGAUGCUGACGACCCUGUGGCACAGAUGAGAAUCUUAUUCUGGCUGUCCGUCAGUAGAACCGGGAUUCUGCUGUUCUUUGUUAUAAUUUGUCUCUUAGUUUAUAUCAGUAAGAGAAGGUGAUGUCCUCAAUGCAGUUUAAGAGUUUGGCUCAAAGAGUUCACAUAGCUCAGAAUCUCCGCUGCACUGCUAAAAGGUAUCGCCAAUUACAGAUAAUUAACACCAAUGUCAGAUACUCUUUUUCUUUUUGGCUGUAUUGCACUUUUCUUCAUAAAAGCCACUUUAAAAAGCUUUUGUUUGUCUCCUCAUCCAUUGUUUUGCAGGGGAUAAUUAAUCAGGUGGAGAUAUAAAGAAAACAUACAAUACAUUUCUGAACAACAGCAAGAAAAUAUUUAAAAAAACCAAAGUGGUAAAGCAGUGAGAAUACAUUGAAUCUAUCUCUUCUAAUCAACCACGGCAGCACCACAUGACGUUUAGGAUUUUUGCUUACAGGCUCUGUUCAGUUAAACGGAGAAACCAUGUGGACCAUCGAUGAACUUCUGCUUCUAAACAUGCAGUUUGAUGACAAAAAUAGGUUCCUGUGACCCACUGCAAGCCUUAGGGGUGGAGUUACACAGGUUCCUCGCAACAAAAUGAAGACAUCCUGCAGAGAAAUGUCUCACCUUUCACUGGUGAACACAAGAUUGCUAUGAAAAGCAAUGAUGAGAGUGAGAGCUGGCGCUGUUUUCUGUGAUGAAGCUGAAAUGUCAGUGAGACAUAUGCGUAAUGAAAUAAGAACAACCCUGAGCCCCAGCUUUUUCAGGGUCCUCAACACAUACGUUUGUACAGUGAAUGAACAUUAUGACACACAGCAACUCUUCAUGAAUGAAGCAGUGAUUUAGUUCCUGAUAAUGUGCCAAGAAUCUACCUCUGAGUGUAUCAGGAAUGAUUCAUGAGGACAGAUGGUGCUUCAUAUGCAGAUGAGUGGGCAGAUCACAGAUAAUCAUCAACCAAUCAUUCAAUACUGAUUCCUUCCCAUAGUAACAGCAGCAUUUAACACUGACUUGUUUAUUUACUUAAAAGUCUGUUUUUAUGUGAUUUGUAUUUCUCAUUGUCUCCUUGGAAUCCUUUUUAGUGUUUUAGUGUUUUAUAGAAGCUUUAGAUAUAAUGUUGUGGCCUGGGUUUUGUGUUUAGUUUGUUUUGGCUUUUCUGUUUCUCGCUGGGUGUGUGUGUGGCAGGAGGCGUGGCUGGUUGUGGCACUCACUCUCUCUCUGAGACCUCGGCAGACGAGGCACACCUGACCUCAAUUCCCACCAAUCAGCCUCUCCGUAUAAACCCGGUCAUGACUCCUGUCAUAAUUCCGUCCUGUUCGGUAGAGUCAAACGGUCUCAUGUUGAAUCCUGCGAACCUGAUGAGUUUUUUGUGUGUUUUUCCUCCUGAGAAAUCACCAGUGUCUUCUUGGGUUUUCCGGUGUGUGCCUUGCUGCCGUUGCUCCAGUGUUUUUCCCCUGUGUUCAGCUGUUCCAGCCCCCAACCCAGCCGGCCUUCUGCCGCCACCACCUGUGCCCUUUUUGCCAACCUAUUUUAAUUAAAAACCGUGGAACUCUGUUCUGGUGUUAGCCUCUGCCUCAGUGCAUCCAGAACAAAUUCAUUUGCACAUGUUCA